CAAAAGCCAUGCCGCCACUUGUGAGCAAGGCGGAGUGGGGCGCGCACCAGCUAAGCCAUUUGCCGUUCAGGUCGUGGUGCGAAAGCUGCGUCGCAGGCAAGGCCGCCGAAGACCCCCGCCGGCAGCUUGAGCAGGCCCCCGACGGAGCAACGCCGAAAAUGUGCAUGGAUUACUUGGCCUUCGCACAGAAGGCGGUGGAGAAGGAUAUGUACGCUGUAUUGAACGUGCUGGGCGCGAUGUCCGGCGCCCCUGUCUCAGGCAUGGUCAACCAAAAGGGCGGCGACGACUGCGCCCCGGCAGUUGCCCAUGAAGGAGUGCGCUACGCAGGCAGGACAAACUUGACCGCAUGUUGCGAUGGUGAAAAUGCUACCAACAAGCUUUGCGACAAGUUCUUGGGAACCCGGCCGUCGAGGCACACUGCCACGAAGGUCAACGCGCCGAAGGGCAGUCGUCAGGGCGCAGGGCUGAUUGAGCGCAGCAAUUACGAGGUUGAGAAGCAGUACAGGGCCGUGAAGCACAGGCUGGAAUCCGUCUACAAGCAGGCUUUCCCACUCAGCCACAAGGUGCAGCCCUGGCUGCCAUGCAACGGCGAGUUUGUCGAGUUCGGGGGGUGCGUCUACCACGAGAGCCGUUAUAGCGAAGUGGGCAAGGCGGACGACCGCUGGCACCUCGGUGUCUGGCUCGGGAAAUCCAUGCGAUCAGACGAGCACCUUGAGGUCAAGCCCCGCGAGGUGCACAUCACCCUCGACCGGAUCAUCCGCCUCGGCGCGACUCCCGGUUCCCCUGGCUGUCGCGCCCCAGGAGAGGCGAUACGCACAGCAGAGCGGCGGGGGAGGUUCGGCAAAUUCGUAGGAGCUGAAAGGGAGGACGCCGCCAGGCGGAAACAGGAGCGCGAGGGGGCGCAGCCGGCGGCGCCUGAUGCCGCGCAACGCGUAGCGGCACCCAAUGCCGCGCAGCCAGCAGCAAUCGCUGCUGCAGCACACCCGCCUGGAGCUGCACCACCUGGUGGUGCGCAAGUUGGCCGCCAACAUCAACAACAGCAGCUAGCUGUUGAGGGCCAGCAGCAGGCUGCGCCCCCGGACGCCCACGUGGGCGAAGCGCGAGCAGGCCAGGAUUCUCGCGACGUCGAGAUGGAGGGGGAGCCACAGGAAGACUCCCAGGCAAAGAGGUCCCGGCUAAUCGCCGGCCUGCCGACUCUCCACGAGCCAGCUGUAGUGGCAGCUUCUUUUGGGACGUGCGCGUCUGUCCUGGCAGCGGCACCUGAUGCCGACAACAGCGACCCGCAGGCAUGUUCUGCGCAGAUGGAGUGGGACAAGGACUACUUCUCGACCGAAGCAGGCAUCAAGCUGGAACCCAAGAAGGUGGGCAACAUCAUGCGCAAGCACUUCGAAGUGAAGAUCUUGCCUCGAAUCGGCCCCCUGGAGUUCGGCGGACAGGCGGCGACUGGAAACCACUUGAAGAGGACGAUCCGCUGGACCAUAUCCGGUUUUGAGCGGGAGUGCGACCCGCAGCGCAUCCUCGAUCUCGCCGUGCUCCAGGGGUUCACGCCAGGUGCGUCCAAGGGAGUGAGCACGCCGGCGUCCAAAGACACUGGGAAGGGCGACGGAGACGUCCACGAUCCCCUUGGGAGGGACGACGCUGUGCUCUUCAGGACAGGAGCGUGGGCGCUACAGUACCUCGCAGAGGACACGCCCACGGUUAAGUUUGCAGCUUCUGGGAUCAUGGAGGGGAUGGCGGCGCCUCUCAAGAUUCACCAGAUGAGGCUGGCACGCUGCAGCCGGUGCCUGUUGGAUCACCCAGGAGAAGUGUGGCUCUUCGACUACCAGAAGAUGCCGUCAUCGCUCACGGAGCACUGCGAUUCCGACUGGGCAGCAUACCGGGAGGCGAGAAAGAGCGCAUGUUGCGUCUCCGAGAGUUUCGGGAAGCACUUGCGCGAUGUAAGCCUGUCGAAACAGAUUCUCCUAGCUCUCUCGAGUGGGGGGGGGGCGGAGUUUUAUGCUAUCAUCAAAAGCACAGCACAGGGCGCGCAGACGAGCCAGGUGAUUUCAUCUUUCACUGGCCGCAAGUGCAGCAUAGAUGUUUUAAGCGACUCGUCAGCAACACGGGGAAUUUGCAACCGGCAAGGAAGCGGCAAGGUGAGGCACUUGUCCGCCAAGGACGUCAGGGUGCAAACACUAUUCCGGGACAGCCGCGGUAAGUUUAUGCAGGUUGAUGGAGAAGUCAACUGGGCAGACCUUGGUACGAAGGCACAUGCACAGGCUCGCUUGCAGCAGCUAGUAGACAUGACGCCACUGAGGAGGAACGAGCCCUUGAGGAGCGAAAGGGCUUGA